ACAGUUAUCUGCCGAACGUGUUUGAAUUAUAGAUAAUUAAAUGUUCAGCGGUAAAAUUUAUACUUUACUCCUGGUACUACUGCCAGCAGUUUUUGCCCAAACAGAUUACUGUAGUGCAAAUCUGUGUAGAAAUGGUAGAAAACACAUUGGAUGCAACAAUAAUGGAAAUUUUGCAGCAAUUUGUAGAAAUCCUAGAAUAAUUCAAAUAACACCAGCUAUACGAACCCAAAUUGUCAAUAAGCACAAUGCCUUGCGUAAUCAAAUCGCCCAGGGUUUUGGUAAAUUUCCCCCAGCCGCACGUAUGGCGGGCAUGAUUUGGAAUAACGAAUUAGCCAAACUGGCUGAGUAUAAUGUUAAACAAUGUCAAAUGCGUCAUGAUCAAUGUCGCAACACUAAAGAUUUUCCAUAUGCUGGACAAAACAUUGCAAUAUCCUCCUGGAAAGGCAUGCAAAAGACUGUUCUACAAGUUGUUAAUAAUCAUAUACAACGUUGGUUUAAUGAAUAUAAAGAUUGUCCGGUGGAUGUUAUCCAAAGUUAUUCAAAACCAAAUACUGGCAAAGCUAUUGGUCAUUUUACGGCUAUGAUACAAGAUAAAGCUACUCAUGUGGGUUGCGCUAUCUUGAGACAUAAUAGAAAUGCAUAUAUUCAACAGUUAAUGACCUGUAAUUAUGCUUAUACUAAUAUAAAUGGAGCUCCGGUUUAUGAACAAGGUCCAACUGCCUCUAAAUGUGCUAGUGGUACCCAUAAGAGAUUUCCUUCUUUGUGUUCUCUUCGAGAAAAAUAUUAAUAAUUGAAAAGUAAUUCUGAAAUAAAUAUUUUGAACGGCAUUU